AUGCGGGCGCCACUCUGCCUGCUGCUGCUCGUCGCCCACGCCGUGGACAUGCUCGCCCUGAACCGAAGGAAGAAGCAAGUGGGCACGGGCCUAGGGGGAAACUGCACAGGCUGUGUCAUCUGCUCUGAGGAGAACGGCUGCUCCACCUGCCAGCAGAGGCUCUUCCUGUUCAUCCGCCGAGACGGCAUCCGCCAGUACGGCAAGUGCGUGCACGACUGCCCCCCUGGCUACUUCGGCGUCCGUGGCCAGGAAGUCAACAGGUGCAAAAAAUGUGGGGCCACAUGCGAGAGCUGCUUCAGCCAGGACUUCUGCAUCCGGUGCAAGAGGCUGUUUUACCUGUAUAAGGGAAAGUGUCUAUCCACCUGCCCGCUGGGCACUGUGGCCCAUCAAAGCACAUGGGAGUGCCAGGAGAGAAACCCCAGCCAGAAGAAGGGCCGGAAAGACGGGCGCCUGCGCAGGGACAGGAAGCUGGACAGCAAGCUGGACGUGAGGCCCCAGCGGCCGCCGGCCUGAGGAGUCGGGCAGGACUGCCCCCUCCCGA